UAUUUUUUAUCUCUAUUUUAUAAUUUCUCUCUUUCUUUCUUCUCGUUUAUAUUUUAAUCAAGCUUCUUUUACUGAGAAAGGCUCUAAUACAUCAAAACAUCAUUACUGCAAACUUGUACAUUGAAAAUUCAGUUGUGAAGUAUACACAAAAAGAAUUGCAUAAUCUAGACACGUCUGUCAUUACAAUUUUUUAUGUAGGGUGUGCUAUCUGCCAUUAUUUGUCAGUUAUGUUCAUGUGGGGAUAUUAUCAAGAAGCAGAAUUUUAUGGCUUCAUGCACAAAUCUGUCAUUUCUCUGCCUGGUGACAAAACCACUCUGUUAUUGUUUUGCAAUAUUUUGCAAGCUGGACAAUGUGUUUUAUUCUUGCUGAAUACAUACUAUUUUUUAGUCUUAAUCUUAUAUUUCAUUGGUUUUGAUAUAAUGCUUAGUUCUUCCAAUGGCCAUGCAUUUCUUUGAGACCGAAUUAUCCAGUGUUAGUAUUGCUUACUAGUUACUAAUAUAUAAAUUUGAAAUUUCUUUCUCAAAUGGAAUAUUCUUCCAUAUGGUUGGAACCAUAGUAAGAAAAUCUUUUGGGAAAAAAAUCAGCAAACCAAAAUAUCAAGAUCUUUUAACAGAACUGGGAUAUAAUCAAGGAAACUUUGGAUUUUAGAAUAAAAUUAAAAAAUGCAAAAAAGGGGAAGAAAACUUUUAUAUUUUAAAAUUUAAAAUUUUAAAGGCAUUUCAAUAGCAUGGUAUAGAGAGAAAAUAAAAUAAGAGUUUGGCCCAUGAAUUGUGGAAUAUAGUUGAUUACAUUGUAUUGCACAAUGCAUCUGACAUAGUGCACAAAUAAUAACUAGAUGGUGAUAGUUUUCAAAUUUUCAAUUGCAAUCUAUUUUGUGCAAAGUCAGCCCACAAAUUGAAUAUGAAGUUCCAAAAACUCAAAUGUAGCCAAUUACUCUUACUGUUACGAAGAGAGCUACACUAAAGGUUUGGAUGUCUUGAUAAAGGUCUUGGGUCAGAGCCUCCGUAAGUUGUGCAACCAAAUUACUAUCAAGGUUGGCCUCUGUUAGGAUGUAAAAAUCAUUAGGAUCAAAAGGGACAUCAUCAUUUUUAAUCCACUCAAAAUCAGUAUUGAUUUCAUCAAGGUUAAUUGACUGUUUUUCUUCUAUUGUACGUGAUGGUUUAGGUAUAAAAAUUAGAUUUGGCAAUUGAAAAUUAAAAAAAAAAUAAUGAUUACAAUUUAUAAUUACAGUUUCAAGUGUUUCAAAAGCUAACCUUGAGAUUUUUUUAGCUUCAAGUGGAAGUUGUGGUGAGCAAACACCAUGUUAUUCAUCGGAUAUUGUAUUAGACAGUUCUGUUUCUUGGAGUGUACGUGUUCAAAAUUGCUCCAAGUACACUCACAAGUGGAUAAACUACAUCGUUGGCUCAAAAUACACAUUGCCAUCCAUCGAAAUUUGUUAUUCUUUUGCCAGAAAAAAUCUCACCAUUGCACUAAACAACACAAAUUAUUUUGAAAUGAUAUCAUGUAAGAUCUUCUAAAAGCUUAACUCAUUUAAUGUGCAUGUCUACAAUAGAGAGACUGUCAAAAAUUUAUGGAGUCUACUUGAGUUGAAAACCAUCCUGCAUUGCAUGGCAGCCAUACAUGAGAAAAAACCCCUUGCAUGCUUGUGUAUUGGGAACUCUAAUAAAAUUGCAUCUAACUUUGCUAGUGUAGGGAACAUUUUUUCCAUGCACGUGAAUAGGCCUUGUGUGACCCCAAUGUCAUCUUUGAAUGAGGAGCUAUAGAACAAUGACAAAUUUAAAUAGUAUCCAGGAACAUACAGAUUGGAGUACAUAUGUCAAUCCCAUCUCCUAUCAAUUAUGUCCCACAAUGGCAUGUACGUGUCUCUAUUAUUUUUCAUUCUACCCCUCAUCACCUCCUUGGCCCUAUUCAUAGGCUCAUACAAAUAGCCUAUGGUGGCAAUAUCCCCAUCCACGAGUUUCAAAACUUUUAUUAGAGGCUCUAAAAAUUCAACCACUUGUUUUGCAGCAUUCCAAAAUCAAACAGAAAAUUGUACCCUACCAUUGUUAUUCCAUCCAUUUGAUUGGCGAAGCUAAACUCCAUCCACUCAUUUGAAACAAGCAUUCACUUCAAAUUGUUUUUCUAUUGGCAAAGAGUCUUCAAUGCAAGCAAAUGUAUAGCAAAUCUUGUCACCUUUGCUUAAAUUAGCUUUGUCUUUUGUGAAACGAUGCAUCAUACACAAUGCCUUUGUGAGAUUGUAGAUAAAUUUGAUAAUAGUGCAAAUCUUUUGCAAUAUCUCCUUAACCCACUCAAAUUUUCCAAUUUUCUUUUAGGGUUAUAUUAAGGCUAUGUGUCAUGCAUGGGGUAAAUAACAUAGAGGGAUACUUGUCCAUUAGGAGACUCCUAGUAGCAACACAAGCAUCACCAUUGUCUAUAAUGAACUAAACAACAUUUGAUGGCCCUACAUCUAUUACCACUUUGUCAAACAAUUUGAACAAUGCAACCUUGAAUUUGAUCUUAUCUAAUGCAUCCACAAAUUUUAAGAAGAUUGUACCAAUAUCACGGGAGACGAGGAAAUUGAUGAGAGUUUGGUUCCUUCUAUUUAUCCACCCAUUUGACAGUAUGGUGCAUCCCUAAGUCACAAGGUUCGAAUUCGAAUUCGAAUUCGACAGCCAUGAAAUUCGGAUGAAAUUCGACAAGGGAAAAAUUCAAAAAAAAAUUCGGAUAAAAUUCGCCUUCUAUAAUUUUGUUUAUUUUAAAUCAGAGAAACGAGACUCGCUCGGACUCGCCCAGACUCGGCGAGUCCGAGUACAAGUCAAGCCUGGCAAGUCGCAAGGGCUUGGACUCAGACUCGUCCGAGUCAGGCCUGGCGAGUCCCAGGGGCUCGGACUCGGACUCGUCCGAGUCUGGCGAGUAAAAUCGCCAGACUCGCCGAGUUGGCGAGUUUGGCCCAAACUCGCCAAACUCAGCGAGUCCCGAGCCCCAGACUCGGCCGGCGUGGGCCAACUUAAAAACACAAAAAAAAAAUAUAUUGCAAAGUUUUUUAAGUCCGUUUUUUUAUGUUAAUUAUCUUCUAUCCCUAAAAGUGACUUUCAUUUCAUUCACUUGCAAAAAAAGGAGGAGUAAAGUGAGUUGGGAAGAAAAUCAAGGGUGCAUAGAAGAAAAACCAGCAAGGAGGAAACUCAAGUUUUCUUCAAUUUGUCACAUUGGAGCUGCAUUGUGUUUCAAUUUGGUGCAUCAAGAGUUGGAUAGGAAGACUUUGCAACUCGUUUCAAGCUUGGUGUAAGAGCAAACUUCACUUUAUUAUUUCAAUUUGCCUCAACUUCAAGUUUCACAAAACUAUCCUAAAAUGUCUACUUUAGCUUCUAGACCCCCCAUUAGAAAGGACCCUGCUUGGAAAUAUCAUGAGGAUUUUCCAGGGCAAGGAAAGGGGCAAACAAAAUGUAUGUUUUGCAAAACAAUAUUCCAUGGAGAUAUAUAUAGGCCGAAAUUCCAUAUUGCUGGUGUGCGUGGACAUGAUGCCGAACCAUGCCUAAAAACAGUCCCUGAGGCCGUACGUGAUUGUUAUGUAAUGGUUGAGGAGAUUGAAAGGAAAAAGAAACAAAAGGAGGAUUGAGCGGCCAUUGGGAGAGAGACAGUUUUAGGAAGAGGGACAUAGUUAGGUUGUGUUGGAGGCCCUUCUUCCUUACCUCCAUAUCGUCCCACUCAGUUUGCUACUACUGGUGCUUCCGUUUCUGCUUCUGCUUCUAUAAGUGGCAGUGCCACUGCCACUUCUCAUGCUCCUACCACUAGUAGUUGUAGUGGGAAUGUUACCAUUGGACCUACAUAUGAUUGUUGGUGAGGAGUGGUCUUCCUCAUCCUAUGCUACCACCCCUGCAAGGAUAGAUAUGGCAGACUGCAUUUUUGAUGAGCAAGGCUUUUGGGUCCCUUGUGAUGAGAUAGUGAAGUUUGUUAAGCCCUUGGUGGUUUUGUUGCGAGUUGCGGAUGGAGAUAAGCCCGCAAUGGGCUAUAUAUAUGAGGGCAUGGAUAGGGCGAAGGAGGCCAUCAGAUUUGUCUAUGGAGCAGAUCAGAGCAAGUAUGGUCCCAUUUGGGAGAUCAUUGAUAGGAGAUGGCAUCAUCAGCUUCAUAGGCCCAUCCAUGUGGCAGCCUAUUAUCUGAAUCCGGCAUUCCGUUUUAUCCCUUCUUUCAAGGCUGAUGUGGAGGUCCUUAAUGGGCUAUAUGCAAUCAUGGAGAAGAUGGGACCUGCUGGUACUUCUCAGAUAGACCUUUUUCGAGAGCUACAGAUGUUCUCAGAUGCACCAGGGGAGACCUUCUCUCGUCCUGUCGCCAAAGAGGGUAGGACAACUAUGAUGCCAGAUCAUUGGUGGAACUUUUUUGGCCCAGAGACACCAAAUAUUCAGAAGUUGGCCAUUCGCAUCUUGAGCCAACCAUGCAGUGCAUCAGGUUGUGAGCGCAAUUGGAGUAUGUUUGAGCACAUACACUCCAAGAGGCGCAAUAGAUUAUCUGUGGAGAAGAUGAAUGAUCUCGUCUUUGUUCACUACAACCUCCGCCUGAGAAUGAGAAAGAAUGCAAUAGUUGACAUGUCUCCUAUCAUUCUAGAUGAGGUUGAUCUUGAAGCAGAGUGGGCCAAUGAGAAUCAGACAGCUCCUGGGACUCCUACAACUGUAUUUAGUGAUGAUGACAUUGAUUGGAUCAACCAGGUAGAUAUAGAGGCUGAGGCUGUAGCCAUGGCAGAGAAGGAGCAGAGAGCACGAGCAGAGACAGGAAAUACUGAGACUCAGAGUGACACAGCUGUUCCUGAUGUUGGUGAGCAUGACACAGCUGUUCCUGAUGUUGGUGAGCAUGGCAUGGUGUCAUGAGGAGCGACUAUGGCUGCUGAAUCAUCCAGGACCUACUUUAAACGCUUUCGCAGGGGGCCAGGACGAGAGGGUGCACGGCCCUCUGAGCCAUAGGCUUGUACACUUGUUGUUGUAUUUAGUAUUUAGUAUUUACCUUUGGUAUUUGUAUGAAAUAUUUGAUGAUGAUCAUAUGAUGAC